CACUAUGCUCGAAAACGUGGGGUUGAAAAACCUUUCAGCGGAACUGUGCCAAUUCCACAAUAAAACCGCAAAGUUUGCAUAAUUCGGCGGUUGACUCAAUGUCUGCACUUAUUUACCAGACCCAUUAACCGAAUUCCGCGCUACUGAGUGUGAAUUUUCGUUCAAAUCGCGAGUUUUAUGUGUGAAUAUUACUCAUCUGCAGGGGGUGGUGUUGGUGCGAGCGAGAAAGCAGCAAACGAAGAGCCGACCAAAACAAACUAACGCUAACCGGCAGAAAAUAAGAAGAAGAAGAAGGCAGGACAGAUAAGCCGAAUACAAUUGAAAAUAACAUUAAUAAACAUACAGUCACACACACGGAGACACACCCACAAACACACUUGCCUCAUUUAAUCAAUUAACGGGACAACGGCCGAAGAAACAGUUACAGUUCGUUUUCAGACGUCGCGUGUGAAGAUUGUGUCAUAUUUAGCUGCGGGAUAAUAAUACUAUAGCUCCUGGAUAUAAAACAUAUAGCCACAAUGCCCGCCGCCGAUGAACUCCAGUCGCCCUCGAGCGAAAUGGUUCUACUCACCCCCAGUUCUGGUAAUCCGCCCUCCAGUAUAGCCCAACCCUCGACCAAUCCCCCGGAGAAAACUGAAGGUCGCGAGGGAUCCGCUGAAUCGGACAGCAGUAGGGUGGUGAUCAAAAAACAGCUGGGCUUGCUGGAAGGUGUGGCAAUAAUCUUGGGCAUUAUUUUCGGAUCUGGGAUCUUUGUAUCCCCGAAAGGCGUUAUCCGGGAAGUGGAAUCCGUAGGCGCUUCGCUGGUAAUCUGGAUUCUCUGCGGACUGUUGUCUAUGAUUGGUGCUCUAUGCUAUGCUGAACUAGGCACCGCCAUACCCAAAUCUGGCGGGGAUUACGCGUACAUCUUCGAGGCGUAUGGAUCGCUACCGGCGUUUCUGUAUCUCUGGGAUGCCAUGAUGAUAUUCGUACCCACGACGAAUGCCAUUAUGGGCCUGACCUUUGCCUCCUAUGUGCUGGAACCCUUUUUCGGCGGAGCUUGUCAUAUACCCAAGGCAGCCCUUCAGCUGCUGGCGGGAAUCACUAUCUGCUUCCUCACCUACCUAAACUCUUACUACAUGAAGGUUACGACCAAGAUGCAGAACAUCAUUAUGUUCACCAAGAUCGCUGCUUUGGUCCUGAUCAUUCUAGUGGGUUUGGUUUGGAUGUUAAUGGGCAAUGUGGAGAACUUCACCAGGCCUUUUGAUGACACUAACACGGAUCCUGGCAAGAUGUCGGUUGCUUUUUACUCCGGCAUCUUUUCGUAUGCUGGUUGGAACUACUUGAACUUUAUGACGGAGGAACUGCGGGAUCCCUAUCGCAAUCUGCCGCGUGCCAUUUACAUUUCACUGCCACUGGUCACCGCCAUUUAUGUGCUGGCUAAUGUGGCUUAUCUGGCCGUACUGUCGCCCUCCGAGAUGAUCGCCUCCAACGCCAUCGCUGUGACCUUCGGCGAUAAGAUUCUUGGCGCCUUUUCUUUGGUCAUACCCAUCAUGGUGGCCAUCUCUGCCUUUGGCGGCCUGUCCGUCCACAUCAUGACCUCGUCCCGCAUUUGCUUCGUGGGUGCCCGGAAUGGACACAUGCCGGCGAUUCUGUCGCAUAUCAGCGUGAAGAGCUACACCCCACUGCCGUCGCUCGUUUUUCUGUGCUUUCUCUCUAUUGUGAUGCUGGUGGUGAGCGACGUGUAUGUGCUGAUCACCUACGCCAGCAUUGUGGAAUCGUUCUUUAUAAUGCUGUCGGUGUCGGCGGUUCUAUAUUUCCGCUACACCCGACCCUGCAUGGAGCGGCCAAUCAAAGUCGCAAUGUGGAUUCCCGCCGUUUUUGUCAUUGUGUGCGCAUUUUUAGUCGUUGUGCCCAUCUAUGUGGCGCCCUAUGAGGUCGGCAUGGGGGUAUUAAUCACCGUAAUUGGCAUACCUUUCUACUACGUGGGUGUCGUGUGGAAGAAUAAGCCAGAAUGGGUGCAGAACACGAUUGACUCGGUGACCUUCACUUGCCAGAAGCUUUUCAUGUCUGCCAAAGAGGAGAAGCAGGACUAAACUGCCUCCUAAAUUAAUGGAAAACAAGGAAUUAAUCGGAACGUCAUUUUGACGAUAUACAAAAGUCAGCAGCUAUUUUGACUUCCAAAUGGGGUAUACUAAAUCUCAAUAUUUAUGUGAAUGCUUGAGGAGGAGAACUUUGACGCGUUGAACCUGAAUACCAAAAAAGAAAUUACCUAAAGAAAGCGAAAACAUGACCUGUACAUCACAAGGACUAGAAAACGAAGUCAAUACUAUUUCAUAUUUUUAUAUUUAUAAACCAUUACAAAAAACUUUUACCUAAAGUGCAAACUCUUCGAAUAGUAGUUUAGUUUUCAUUAGCUUAUUUCAUUAGUUUAUUUUGCACUGAUUUCGUAAGUUCAAAACCAAAGUAAGCCAAAAUAUUUGCCAUACCAAGCAGUUUCAUACCAUUUUUCGUUGCAUAUUGUUAAAUUUUGUUUAAUUUAUUGGUUUUGCCCCUCAUUUAACUACCUAAGUGCAUUGCAAAUUGUAAUAAACAUUUUUGUACGUUUCAAAAA